AAAUGGCAAACUCUAGAUAACAACAAAAAUUCUAAUCUUUUACCUACUUUUUUAUAGAAGAAACCAAGUAAAAAUGCCCUUCGUAAUAGGAGAUGAACUUCAAAAGGGUGUGCCAGGAAAUUGGCAAGGAAAAAGAAGUUUGCUGAAAUCUGACAGAUAUAAUUCAGAAGCGGAGAGAAGUCGUGUUUUAAGGCGAUUAAGAGAUUUUACUAUCAGAAUGAGAGAUGAUGAUUAUCUACGAAUGAGAGUAUCUGAGCAGAGAAGGAUGGUUGAGGAUGAGGAGAGGAUGAGGAAUGAGUUUAAAAAGCUGGAGAUCUCAAUGCGCCAACAAAGGAAUAGGGAAUGGAGACAAAAAAGAAAUGAGAAAAAAGAAGAGAGUUCCUCCUCCUCCCCUUCACAUGAAAAUCAGUUCUUCAACUUUCCCAUUAGUUCCUCUUGUUCCCCUAAUGCUCCUAGUGCCCCUUCUCCUCCUCUGCAGUCUAGCUGGUUAAUUAAAAUAGAGAAUAUCGAGAAUUUAACGUGUUCGGUCCCGGAGUGGAGUCAGCUGAUUCAAAAUGGCGGAAUAAAGUUGAUUGAUAACAAAACAGAAGAACCAAAUCAUCAAGUCGCGAAAACUGAAGAAGAUUUUAAAGAAGAAGAAGCUCCUGCUAAUUCUGAGUUGGAAAAAGACACAAAGAACCUUCAAACAGUUAGCAAGAGAAAUGCCAUUAAAAUAAUGCAGGAAAGUUUGCCAAAUAAAUGUAAAGAAAAUUUUCAAACAAAUGUAAGCAAUAGUGAUCAAACCACGUCGCACAAUGUCGAAGAAAACUCGCAAAAGGAUGAAUUGGCAACAUCUGAAGAAAAUGCGCCAAACGACAUUUCAGAGAUAAGAGAAGAGAAGGAGAAGAAGCUAAAUACAUCUCAGAAGAAAGCAAUUUCUAAAUUUACAUCUUCGUUGUUUAAACGGAGGAAGGAAAAGAAGAGAAAGGAAGAAGAGAAGAAGGAAAGGAUAGAAGAAAAAGAAAAGGAAGGAGGGCCCAUUCCCGAUGUAACACCAAAGGAUCAAGCUCCAAAACUAGUUUUUAUAAGGGAAACCCUAAAACCUUGUGAGAAACAUAUAUCUGGUUCACCAGAGCCAAAGUUAGACGCUUUUUCCGCUACUCUGGUUUUUAAAAGGAAAGGGUCUGAUUGAUCCCGAUGAGGUAAUCGCCAUUUAUGUGAUGCAGCCUUCCAUUGUAUUUAUAUCAGUGUAUAAAAUAUAUUAUUUUACAAAAACAGUUGUAAUCUCUGUUUGUUUGAACAUAGUUUAAAAUAGACACGUCUAUAUGU